CAUACAUUUAUAUCGUUCGAGGCCUCCGUGAGGGGAAAAAGAGCCGGAGUGAUGGCGGACGCCCGAAAAGCCGUGGCGGCUGAGGCGGGCGGGGUCAGCCUCGUCGUUAAGAGCCCCGCGCAGCGGCACCCGGACCUGUUGCUGGCGGCCCAGCGCUCGUGGAGCGUCCGACGCCUCAAGGCCGAGCUCCGACGCCUCCACCCGGACGCGCCGCCUGAAGACUCGCAAAGGUUGAUUUAUUCUGGGAAGUUGUUGCAUGACCAUCUUUACUUACAAGAAGUGCUUUCCAAGGAAGAGAUGGUGCAUGCUCUCCACCUGGUUUGCAACUCAAAGAAUUUGCCAGCUGUUCAAGACACUGAUGUGAAGAUGGCAGAACCUGAGCACCAGCCAGCCGCUUUUAGCCAAGAUCCACCUGUGCGUUCUUCAGUUCAUGCUUGGAGUCAAAGGGAAAAUGCCCACAGUCAACCUCUUGCAGCGGAGGCUGUUGAUAAUAGAUCUCACCCAGCACAGCAUCCCUUUCAAGGCAUGAACCCUGGCUAUUCAUCGUAUACGACAUACCGCAUGCUACAGUUCUGGUUCCAUCAGAUUUAUGCAAGACAAUACUACAUGCAAUACAUGGCUGCCAAUGCUGCUUCAGGCAACCCAUCCUCUACACGAAGUACGCAGGAGAUGCCACUGGCCCCAGUUGCUGCUCCAGCUCCUCUUCCUGGUCCAUUUCCUGCCGAAAACCAGCCUGGAAAUCAAAACGCUCCUCCUCAGGUGAACCCAGGCGUCAAUCAGAACCUACGAAUGAAUGCCCAGGGAGGUCCUUUAAUGGAAGAAGAUGAAGAAGCCAAUCGUGAUUGGCUUGACUGGCUCUACUCGGCAACCCUGUUCUACGUGUUCAUUAACAUUGUCUACUUCUACUCCAGCAUGAGCAGGCUUCUCAUGGUGCUGGUGGGCACACUUCUGAUGUACUUGCACCAGGUUGGGUGGUUCCCUUUCAGGAGGAGGCCAGUUCAGCCUGCUGAGAACAAUAUUCCUCUUCAAGCAGCUGUUAACCAGGACCAAAACAAUAACUUACAACAGGAGGAAAAUGUGGCAGAACAGGAUGAAAUGGAGGCACCUGACCCUGCAUCAGAAAACCAGCCAGCAGCACCUUCGUUUGUGAGCACAGCCUGGCUCUUCUUCAAGGCUUUCUUUGCAUCUCUUCUGCCAGAGGGACCUCCAGCUGUGGCAAACUAGCUAGAUCCCCAAAAGCCAAGUUACUGCAACUCUCUGCUGGGACAGGACAGGACACCAACUUGAAUGUUGAAGUGGCCAAGAAUAAUUGGAUAACAGGGAAUGACACUGCAUUCAGAAGCUAAAGAUGGAUGCUACAGUCAUUAGACUAAAAUGUGAUGGUCCAGAGCUUCAAUGAAUCGUGUGGUAGACAUUGAAAUAGAGAGUCUGCAGCAAUGUGUAUUUCUGUACUUAAUGUAAGUAAAACUGUUGGUGGGCCAAGGGAUAGAGAAGCAGAUUGCUUCUGCCAGUGUGACUUGAUUCCUGUUGGAAUGUACCUCAUGCUCUUAAUUACACUGAGUGUAGUAUCUUAUGCAAGCAGUGAAUUGCGUAUUAUAAGAAUUUUACAGGGAUCAUUUAUGCCAAAAACAAAGAGAAGCUGUGUUUACCCUAAACAAUUUCAAAGAUGUUUGUGUGAAUAGCUUCCUAUAGAAGAUACCAUUGGACCUAUUAUACUUAGCAGUAUAGCAAGAGCUUUUCCAUGCGUUCCGAACAAGAACUAUUUUCCUUCUUUGCCAGUUGAGUAAACACACGUUCCAAGUGCUCUUCUUGGGUAGAUCAACUACGAACAUCCUGGCCUCUUCCAUGCUGUUUUCAGUGAGGGCUUUUACAUUCAUUGCAUCUAGUCAAAAGUAUUGCCAGAUACUUUUGCAGUCACAUUACAAUCUCAAGAGCCUUCUGUGAACUGGAGUUUAGUGAAACGAAACUUGUGAGAGAUCGUCUCUUGAUUUCCAUGCUGAGUUUCAGCUUUAGGAGAGUUCUCUGCAUGCUGGUUUUGUGCCCUGAGCACUUCAUUCAUACUUCGUUAAAUAGAAAUCGUUCGGGACAACUCUCGAAUACUUCGGACUAGAUCCAGGGUUGUGCAGAGCAGAACUCUGUGAACUAGAUGCUCUGAACGGACAGAAGGAGGGGAUUGAGUUUUGUUGCUGCCCCCUAUGCCUUGCAAAAUUUACUCCAGAGAGUCAAGAGCCAUACAGCAAGGGAGGUGCCACUAGGCUGCCUUGGAGAGGAGGAAGCAGUGAAAAGUGCUGUCUUGCUCUCUUCGUCCAGCAGGGAAUUUCCAUCAGGUCCCAGUUCACUGCCAAUAGAAGGAGCCCUUCUGUUCGUGGAGGGGGUGGUCAGAAUUCAACACAUUGAGACCUAGCGGGUUACAUUUAAAACUGCAUGCAACUCCAUAAGCAAACAUAAUUUGGGGAGUAGAUUAUGUUGUUAAAUGUCAUAUGCACAUUUUAACCUUGUGCUUAAGUACAUGUUUCUUAAGAGCAGUAUUUUUAGUGCCUUUGGGGUUUCAUUCCUUAGUUCCUUGAUCUUUUGGAGGCAUUCAAACUAUUUCCCAUUUCUGUUGCCCCUUGGCCUGCGCCUCCUUCCAGAACUCCAUGAGUUUGCAAUGUGAAUCUUUUCAGCUCAGGGAUAAUUUUCUUAGGUUGUCCACAUACAGGUACAUUUUCCUAUAUAUACAUUCUAAUUUUCAAAUUAUGCUGAUACUUACAUUUCUAUUGCAGGUUGUAAAUUAUAAGCUUCCAAUUCAUAUCUACUGUAUAUUAUAAACUUCAGCUGUACAGUGGUCUACAUUAUAGCUCAAUUCUUUUCUCCUGUAUAUUAUCUAUUAAACAAAGUCUAAUAUAUGAUGGCAUAAUAUUAUUAAAGUUACUGCUGUCCCCA